AUGGUUAUAAAAUGGAAAGUUCACGCUGCUCCUAUCUUUGUAGCCCAGUUGAUGGACAAUGGUCAGACUAUACCUCUUGGUCCACGUGGUCCAAAUGCGACAAAACAUGCGGAAGUGGCACAAAAAGGAGGACUCGAACUCGAUCCUGUACAGACCCUAGACCAAAACAUGGAGGCAAACACUGCUCGGGAUCCUCCAAAGACACUGAAUCUAAGUCUUGUAAUGAAAAGGAGUGUCCAACUGAUGGAGAGUGGUCAGUCUACAGACCUCCGUCCACUUGGACAAGUUGUAGUAAAACGUGCAAUACUGGCAUCAGAACUAGGACUCGAUUCCGAACCUGUACAAACCCUGCCCCGAAGUUUGGAGGCAAACACUGCAUGGGAUCCUCUAUCAGUCAAUCUGCCUUCUAUUUCUACCAAAGUUGAUGGAAAAUGGGCAGACUAUAGACCUUGGUCAUCUUGGUCUGGUUGUGACAAAACGUGCGGUAAUGGCUUCAGAACAAGGACUCGAACACGAACGUGUACCGAUCCAACUCCAAAGUAUGGGGGCAAACUCUGUCCAGGUUCCACUGACAAUAGAGGAUUGGAUUCCUGUAAAAUCAGGGAGUGUCCAAUUGACGGAAAAUGGGCAGACUAUAGACCUUGGUCAGCUUGGUCUAGUUGUGACAAAACGUGCGGUAAUGGCUUUAGAACAAAGACUCGAACACGAACGUGUACCAAUCCAACUCCAAAGUAUGGGGGCAAACUAUGUCCAGGUUCCACUAUCGACAAAGGAUUGGUUUCCUGUAAAGUCAGGGAGUGUCCAAUUCAAGGAGAAUGGACAGACUACAAACAUUGGUCAACUUGGUCCAAUUGUGACAAAACAUGUGGUACAGGGAACAAAGCGAGGAUUCAGACCCGAAAGUGUACAGAUCCAGUCCCCAAAAAUGGAGGACAACAGUGUCAAGGGCCUGCUUCCAGGAGAGAAACUAGUUCUUGUAAAGUCAGGGAGUGUCCAGUUGAUGGUAACUGGACACCAUAUUUUGUCUCUGUUAAUUGGACCUGCUCUGUGUCGUGUGGAGAAGGAACGGCAACUCGUACCUUGUCCAGAAGAUGUUCUAAUCCCAAGCCUCAGUAUGGUGGAAAGUUAUGUGUCGGAAAUGAAGUCAAAACAGAGACAAAGAUCUGUAAAGAUAGACAGUGUCCAGAUAAAGGUGAAUGGCCUUCGGUCACUUCAGGGGGAGAGUGGUCAGAAUGUAGUCAAACAUGCAACAAAGGAACCCAAACCAGAACACGGACGUGCAAAAACUCGAUUUCAGGAAAUCAAGGAAGAUCUUGUGUGGGUGAAUCCGAGAAAAUUGAAACGAAAGCCUGCAUGAUAGUAAAAUGCCCAGAUUUAUCAGUUCCUGAAGAAGCUCGGUCAUAAAGUCCGACAGAUACUAUCAUCAUAUUUGAGUUGUAGCAUGUCAUGCGAUACUGGCAUUAAAACGAUUUAUUUUAGCAUUAUGC